CAGGGUUGUAUUAUUGUUUUGGUUGUUUGCUAUACGCGUCUCACCAUGCCUCGUGGCGUUUAAGAUGAAAACAUAACCUACAAAUAUUUUGAAGUGUUAAUUCUGUUAAACAACUUUGUUGAAUUUAUAAAUUUAAACAGCGAUGGCAAAACAAAAGACAAACGAGUUUGAUUCGAUUCAGACAUAUGACGAAUAUCAAGAGUCCUUGAAUUUGAAACAAACGUAUGAACGUGAUACUGCGAAUACUGCGUUCAUAAAACCUCUUGCGGUAACUUCGAAACCAAAUAUAAAUAUUCCCCAAGUGGUUAUUAGGCCAACAAGCACUGGUCCUCUACAAGAACCGAAGACAAUAGAAGUAGAUUACGACCAUCUUAACAUAUCAUCGUUCGUGGUCAACAAGAACAAGAUGGCGGCGAAAAAAAGAUUAGGCCUUAAGAAGAGGCGUUUAUACAGCAGCCCAGAGCUGAAUUCAAGCCCAGUUUUACCUCUUGAUACCAUAGCAGAUGAAACUGCACUACCUGUACAACAAGAGAAUACAUCGAAACUUUCAAAGCAUAAGAAACUUGCAGCAAUUUCCGAAGAAACUGUCAAUACCAUUAACAACGCUUCUAUAGAUUCGAGAGAUUCUUUUGCUGGUCAUAAGUUUCAACCAACAGUUGGCAGUACACCUCUGGUCGAAGUAGAAGCACAACCUAAGACGACAACACGAGUUAAAAGACCACGAAAACCAUGCAUAAUUGAGGAAGAUUCAGAUGAUAGUGACAGUGACAGCAAGGAAAGACAACAAGAAGUUAUUGAUUACUUCUGGCAGAAAAUUGGGAAGUUAAGACGCAGCGUUAAUAAACUCACCGAAAAGGUAAACGCUCACGUUGCGCAAAGCAACCGCCAAUAACCUAACCGCAAAUAAUUCACUUCUUCAUCUUUUUUUGAUUAACUUGUUUAACUUUAAUUUCUUCAACUUUAUCUUUGGGUGUAUACUUAACAAUAUACAGCGCCUUUAUUUCUUCAA